AUGGCUUCCAGAUUCUCUCUCCCAGAGGACGAUCUAUCCUGUGCUGUGUGCUGUGACGUCUUCAAGGAUCCGGUCAUCCUGUCAUGUAGUCACAGCUUCUGUAAAGCCUGUCUGCAGGAAUACUGCAGGGGGAAGGCAGGAAAGGAAUGUCCAGUUUGCAGGAGAAGAUCUUCAAGGGCAGAUCCUCCCUGUAACCUGGUCUUAAAGAACCUGUGUGAGGCAUUCUUACAGGAGAGGAGUCGGAGAGAUUCAGGGGAGUCUGAGGAGCGCUGCAAUCUGCACAACGAGACACUCAAGCUCUUCUGUCUGGAGGAUAAACAGCCCAUCUGUGUGGUGUGCCAGGCCUCCAGAAAACACAAAAACCAUGACUGCUGCCCCAUAGACGAAGCUGCACAGGACCACAGGGUACAGUAGAACAAAAAUAAUAAUAGGUACACACAGAUUGGUUACAUUGAUAAGAAAAAUAUAUUAAUUUAAAUGUAGAUAGCUCUGCUGUGUAGGAAACUAAAAAGACAGCAAUAUUAAACAGCAGCCAUUGUCUGCACAUUAAGUGAUAAUUAAGAACAACAGUAGCACAGCAUUCUAACCUGUAUUCACGUCACAUUUUAACAUGGAAAAGGACGUUCCUAUCAAUUCCCCUUGAUUUAUACACUUUGACUCCUCAGUGAAAAAGCAAAGAUACAAUCUAUUUAUCUAUUUCUCUCUCUCACACACUCUCUCUCACUCACUCACUCACUCAACAUCUGCUUAUUCCAGGAAGAACUCCAGACUGUCCUAAAGCCCUUACAGAAGAAGCUGAAGGUCUUUAAUGAAGUUAAAGAAAUCUGUGAUGAAACAGCAAAGCAUAUUAAAGUAAGGAUGUUGAAUCAAUAGCGUUGUGUAGAGUAUGUAUGAUCCAGUGUUAAUGUGGAUAGUUUACUACCAUUCCUCUCAGAGCCGGGCCCAGAGCACAGAGAGACUGAUUAGAAAGGAGUUUGAGAAGCUCCACCAGUUUCUACGAGAGGAAGAGGAGGUGAGGAUAGCUGUUCUGAGGGAGGAAGAGGAGCAGAAGAGUCAGAUGAUGAAGGAGAAGAUUGAGGAGAUGAGCAGAGAGAUAUCAUCACUUUCAGACACAAUCAGAGCCCUAGUGGGGGAGCUGAGAGCUGAAGACAUCUCAUUCCUGCAGGUCAGGACUGCUCUCUCUAAGUUUACAUUAUUGGUAUGUGUAUUGGUUGACUGAUAAAUAUUGAUUGAUUGUUUAAUUUAAUCUUGUCUUCUGUUUUUUCAGAACUAUAAGUCCACAGUGGUAAGGUAAGUGAUCUGCCUCCUGUCUCUCUCUUCUCUGUGAUUCUGAACCCAACCCUACAGCAACAGCUGUACUGACUCCUGAAUGUUCUUCCAGAACCCAGUGCACACUGCCGGAUCCACACCUGGUCUCAGGUGCGCUGAUAGACGUGGCCAAACACCUGGGAAACCUGCAGUUCAGAGUCUGGGAGAAGAUGCAGGGGAUUGUGACAUACAGUGAGCAUGACAGUUUUUCUAGAUCACUGAACACUGAUCACUAGCCCCGUGUAGCUCAGUUGGUAGAGCAUGGCGCUUGCAACGCCAGGGUUGUGGGUUCGAUUCCCACGGGGGGCCAGUAUGAAAAUGUAUGUACUCACUAACUGUAAGUCGCUCUGGAUAAGAGCGUCUGCUAAAUGACUAAAAUGUAAUGAAACUAAUACUAUUACCUACUUAGCCAAAACAAUAACCUUUUCUACACAACAGUUUGUCAUCUCUCAUUAUCUUCACAUUACAUGCAAACGCUAAGCACCUUUUUGCAAAACAGUAAACACACACACAGCUAGGAGAUUAGAGAGCGCACAUCAUCAACAACAACAACAAACAACAAUCAUCAAUCAAUAAACAAUAACACAAAUAAUACCCUAUAUCUGUUCUCCCUCCUCAGAUCCUGUGAUUCUGGACCCCAACACUGCCAACCCAAUUCUUAUCCUGUCUGAGGAUCUGACCAGUGCCAUAUACAAUGAAGAGAGACAGCAGCUUCCUGACAACCCAGAGAGGUUUAAUUUUUAUAACAUGGUCUUGGGCUCUGAGGGCUUUAACUCAGGUGCACACAGCUGGGACGUUGAGGUUGGGUUCAACAUAGCCCUGGGUGUGAUAGCAGAGUCUGUCCAGAGGAAGAAAAAAGUAGAAAGUGGAUUCUGGUGUUUAAGCCUUUGGUGUGUAAGCCACUGUGAUGCUUAUGCUUAUGAUGUUGGUGGUGAUAUUAGAUAUAAAGUAGAGUCCCCACCAAGGCCAGACAUCCAGCUCACAUUGAGAAAGAAACCCCAGAGGAUCAGAGUGAAGCUGGACUGGGACAGAGGAACGCUGUCAUUCUCUGACCCUGAUAAUAACACAUGUUUACACACUAUUACACACACUUUCACUGAGAGAGUCUUUCCGUACCUUCUCAAUGAAUGUGCCCUCCAGCCUCUGAGGAUAUUACCAGGGAAGGCCUCU